CAAACUCUCUGGCAGCCAAGCGUCCGGCCAGAGAGUGCCAGUGAGCAGCACAGGCCACCACUCUGCCACCAGUACACCAGUGCCCACCACCCAUGGAGCCCCGGCCUCUCCUCCUGCUCCUUGGCCUGUGCUCAGCUGGCCUCGUCCAGGGCUCCGAACAUGAGACCCGUCUGGUGGCAAAGCUAUUUAAAGACUACAGCAGUGUGGUCCGGCCAGUGGAAGACCACCACCAGGCUGUGGAGGUCACCGUGGGCCUGCAGCUGAUACAGCUCAUCAAUGUGGAUGAAGUAAAUCAGAUCGUGACAACCAAUGUUCGUCUGAAACAGCAAUGGGUGGAUUACAACCUAAAAUGGAAUCCAGACGACUACGGCGGUGUGAAAAAGAUUCACGUUCCCUCGGAGAAGAUCUGGCGCCCGGACAUUGUUCUGUACAACAAUGCAGAUGGUGACUUUGCCAUUGUCAAGUUCACCAAAGUGCUCCUGGACUACACUGGCCACAUCACAUGGACACCACCGGCCAUCUUUAAAAGCUACUGUGAGAUCAUUGUCACCCACUUUCCCUUUGACGAACAGAACUGCAGCAUGAAGCUGGGCACCUGGACCUACGACGGCUCUGUGGUGGCCAUCAACCCGGAAAGCGACCAGCCUGACCUGAGCAACUUCAUGGAGAGCGGGGAAUGGGUAAUCAAGGAGUCCCGGGGCUGGAAGCACUGGGUGUUCUACUCCUGCUGCCCCAACACCCCCUACCUGGACAUCACCUACCACUUCGUCAUGCAGCGCCUGCCCCUCUACUUCAUCGUCAAUGUCAUCAUCCCCUGCCUGCUCUUCUCCUUCCUGACUGGCCUGGUGUUCUACCUGCCCACAGACUCAGGGGAAAAGAUGACUCUGAGCAUCUCUGUCUUACUGUCCUUGACCGUGUUCCUUCUGGUCAUCGUGGAGCUGAUCCCUUCCACCUCCAGCGCCGUGCCCUUGAUUGGAAAAUAUAUGUUGUUCACCAUGGUGCUUGUCAUCGCGUCCAUCAUCAUCACCGUCAUCGUCAUCAACACGCACCACCGCUCACCCAGCACCCACGUCAUGCCCGAGUGGGUGCGGAAGGUUUUUAUUCACACUAUCCCAAAUAUCAUGUUUUUCUCCACAAUGAAAAGACCCUCCAGAGAAAAACAAGACAAAAAGAUUUUUACAGAAGACUUUGAUAUUUCCGACAUUUCUGGGAAGCCAGGGCCUCCGCCCAUGGGUUUCCAUUCUCCCUUGAUCAAACACCCAGAGGUGAAAAGUGCCAUCGAGGGCGUCAAAUACAUCGCAGAGACCAUGAAGUCAGACCAGGAGUCCAAUAACGCGGCUGAGGAGUGGAAGUAUGUUGCGAUGGUGAUGGACCACAUUCUCCUCGGAGUCUUCAUACUUGUCUGUAUCAUCGGAACCCUAGCCGUGUUUGCAGGUCGGCUCAUUGAAUUAAAUCAGCAAGGAUAAGCGGGAGCUGAGAUGAGCCUAGCUCUGCCCCAGGAUCGGCCACAGCAGAGAGAGGCAGGAAAGAGAGAAAGAUUUGUCUACCUUGAUACACUCUCACUCAUCAAAUGUGUCAUUUUCUGUGCUUGUUAUUAAUGAUAAUGAUUUACGUUUACAUACGGCAUGGCUUCAAAUUGUUUUCACAUUGCUUCUCCCUUCAAUCCUGCAGUGUCUUAAUGGAGAGGAACCCUUUUGGGUGAAUGAAACUGGAUUGCUAAAAGAAGUGUUCCUUUCCCAAUGGCAUCUGAAGAAUUUUUCCCAGUAUAAACAAGGUUUUCUGCUGCA